AUGCACUGGAGAAAUAUUAGUGAUUUAAUUCCCUUGGAUAGUUUGUUCGCCUUUAACAAUAAUCAUCCAUUAACCCCGCGUAUAGAAUUAAUCACAAAUUGUUCAGGUACUAAGGGGAAUAUAAUAAAUUUGAAUUGUCAAGUUGGAAUGGAAAGGUAUCCUGAUCUAAUCAUCUUAAAAUUCAUGUAUCCUGUUUUAUUGAUUAAACGUAAAAUUAAUCCUGAACAUUUGGAACCAACUUUGUUAGCAAGAAAAUUGUCGAUUAUCGGUGAUGAAUUUGAUAAAGAAUUAAUGAAUAUUAAGAUAUUCAAUAUGGAAUCUUGUUCACAAGAAAGACUUAUUGAUGAACUUCCUGGUGUCUUAAUCAAUCAAUCAUAUGAACAAGGGAGAUUGUCAAUAUUCAAUUUAAUGGAUUGGUUAAGAAGGAUUCUCCAAAAUUAA